ACCUUGCUCACGAAGGUUCGCUGGCGUUGCAUCUUAGCCAUGUGGCCCAGUAGUACCGGAAGAAACCACACAGUGGACAGCCUUACGUCGGACAACGAGGACUUUGCCAGCGCUCACAACAGCGGCAACACGUCUGCUACUGCCACCAUGGAUGAUGCUCAAGUUCUCGAAGAGCUCUCGUUCAGCACACUGUCUCUGGUUCAAGUGAUCGUCUACUGCAUCCUGUUCAUCGUUGCUGCGGGCGGAAACGUGCCCGUGUUUGUCACGCUGCUUCGCAACCGUCACCGCAAGUCGCGCAUCAAACUCAUGAUUAUGCACCUGGCCAUCGCCGACAUGAUCGUGACGUUCGUGAUGAUCCCAGUUGAGGUGAUAUGGCGCAUCACGGGCCAGUGGGUGGCCGGUGACCUCAUGUGCAAGCUGAUGCAGAUGAUGCGUGCCUUCGGACCGUACCUUUCUUCGGCCGUCCUGGUGUGCAUCAGCGUGGACCGAUACUUCGCCGUGCUGCACCCACUCAAGGUGCACGACGCGCACCGACGCGGAAAGAUAAUGCUCGGCGUCGCCUGGUACGCCAGUCUGGUGUGCAGCGUGCCACAGGCGGUGAUCUUCCGCGUUAUGGAGCACCCGGCGAUGCCCGGCUUCUACCAGUGCGUGACGUUCGCCUUCUUCGCGGUACCAUGGCACGAGAAGGCCUACAACAUCUUCUGCCUGCUCGCGCUAUACGGAGUACCACUGGUGGCCAUUGUGGUCUGCUACUGCCGCAUUCUAUGGGAGAUUCACAAGCAGUCCAGAGAAUCGCACGUGGACCAAAUGAUGCUGCCAGAACAACAACAACCAGGCCGCCUUCGGCUUCGCCGAUCCGAUGUCCGGCACAUCACCCGUGCCCGAAACCGCACUCUACGCUUGACCAUCAUCAUCGUGCUCGCAUUCUUUCUGUGCUGGACUCCGUACGUGAUCAUGGUGCUGUGGUACCAGAUCGACCCGGAGAGCGCAAGCAACGUGGACGGCUACGUGCAGUCCUCGCUCUUCAUGUUCGCCGUCUCCAACUCGUGCGUGAAUCCACUCGUGUACGGCAGCUUCACGUCCAGCUUCCGCAAGGCCUGCUGCCGCCGCUCGUGCUUCUGGACGCUGAACACGCGCCGCGGUCAGUGCACGCUCACCAGAAAGCCCUCGAAGCAGACGGUGAAUUCCUGGGUGCCCACCACACCCGUCCAGAGGGUGGAAUUCACCAGGGACUGCUGCUCGAUGUGUUCGUCUGACGGCCACGAGUGCCGUUCCAUCCUGGACAACCACGACGGCCGCAGCUGCCACACCAUGAUGGAGGUGCGGCACACGUCCGUGACCAUGUGCCGCGCGUCCAUGAAUGGUCACGUGGUCAAACAAGCAGCGCAGAGCAUAUGAGUGACGGGAUUCGGGGAGACGCGGAGUAUCUGGUCGUUCGUGGAAAUACUGCCGAAAUGAGCGCUCGUCGAUUGCGUUCCUUAGCCGGUGCUGGUGAUUUAGUCAUCUGAUUUGGGUGUUUAUUUUUUAUUGCAGAGUCUGAAAAACAUUGCUGACAAUGAGAUUUUCGCUAACAGUAAUGCUCAAAGCGCAUUGAAGAUGAAAUUGUGAUUGUUGCUUUGUUCUAUCGACAUGCUGGUGAAAUGAGCAGCUGCUCUUGUCACAAAAGCGUAUUUAAUAAAGGGGUGGCGAAGGAGGAGGAGGAUGAAAGGAAGGAAACACAAAGAGGUACAACCAGAUGCGCGUCCGCGCUUUCCUACGCUGUUCUAGGAGAAAGGGAUUAAGGGAUGAAAAGAAAGACAUAAGAAAUUGGAAAUUGCGAAAGUGCUAUCGAAGUGGAACAUGUGUUCCUCUCCAGUAGGUAUGCCUACAUCAUCAUUUUCACCCUAUUUAGGUCCAAUACUGGACGAAGGCCUCUCUCAAUGAUUUCCAGUUCGUUGUAGGUAAAGGCCGGUCGAUUUCAAACCGUAGCUACGCCCUGCGACGCGUGGGGCCAUGGUACGAGAAACUUUUCCUGCGAAAACGGUUUUUGGUCCAGUUGAUUUAACGCAGUGCGAAAAAAAAAACACAUUUAUUUUAAAAGGGUCCUGAACUCUAUAUAUGCUGGUGUAUACACAUUUCCACCAGUGCAUCCUUCUCGACUUUCGUGCCAAACUAAGCAAUUUGCCGACUGUUGACGUCGACACUUUGCUCUCACAAAUGCCUAAGUUUGGUCGAGAGGUACUGGGUAGACCCUCAUCAGAACGCCGAAACACGAGCGCUUCUGUAAGGACCUUAGUGGAACAAGCAUGCAAAAUUUUGUGAAAACAUACGCUUACUGACUUCGCGUCAAAAGUUUCUUGAGAGUUCUUU